AUGCACUUUACCCGAACGUGGCUUAGCUGCGCAUUAGCACUUACAAGCCUCUUAGCUCAGCUUGUAUCGAUCGCCCAAGCACAAGGCUCUCCAGAGGCGCAGGCGACUGUAGAGGACCUGGGCAAGUCAGACCCGAUUGCGGCUGCCCAGAAAAUUCUCGAGUUUCCUGGGAUUUUUGAUCCUGAUCAGUCAUUGUGGGCUUCGGAUGCAAACAUAACCGGUACUGGUGAUUUACAACAAGUUCCGUGGUCGCGCGGUGCAUUUUUCACCUGGAAUCCUUGGACAAUUGGGACUUACAAGACGGGCUAUCUAUGGCUACCGGAAAGGUUCAACAUGUUUAAGCUGAACCGAUCACUUGUGGUGUCGAAGAGCGGCGACGAUAUUGCCAUCGAUCCCUUCUAUGUGAACAAGCACUACGAUCCAGAAAAAAUUGAACGUGCUAUCAUUUUGAUACCCGGUCAAUGGCGUGAUUCUUGGAAGUACUUGAACCUUCUGGGUAACGCAUACCGUGUAGCACAAAAGUAUCCAGAGCUUAAUGUUGGUUCGGGCAAGGUGCUAAUGCUGUCGCCCACAUUCAUGGAUGAGGUAGACCGUAAAAGGGGUGCGAUGAAGAAAAAUGAAAUCACAUUUCAAAAAGCCGGCUGGUCGGCCGGUGACACAGUGCGUCAUCCACGGGCAUUCAAGCACAUGAGCUCAUUUGAUGUUCUGGACUUCUAUGUUUCAAUGCUUCUUGACAGACAACAAUUCCCGAACAUGAAGACAGUUACGGUUGCCGGUCACUCGAUGGGUGGUCAAACAUCGAUGCACUAUGCCAUGUUACGGGAUCUGACCGAUGAAGACGCUCGUUUGAAAUACUGGGUUGGUAAUCCAGGCUCGUACGUGUGGCUCAAUGACACACGCCCCUUUAGCACUGCGAAAUGUCCUGAAUACGGCGAAUGGCCUUACGGCAUGUCGGUACACAAGAGUAUUCCCAAAUACGGACGCAAAGGGUCAGGCAAGAAUGGAGUUCAUCGUAUCGAAAAUUUCCUGAAACGUCGCAUCCAUUUCUCUGUAUCACUUGAUGAUAAUGGCCACGGCCCGGAAAACUGCAAGGCGAAUGCCCAAGGGGUCUCUCGUGUGUGCCGUGCUGCCGAAUGGGUUGCCCAGCGGGGUAAUUCGACGGAGGGCUGGUCUAAAUCGCACACUAUUGACUUUAUCCCUGGUGUGUCUCAUCAAGACUAUCCUGUCAUUGCUUAUUAUGGUACCCUCAAGUUCCUUUUCACUGACCAAGAGUAA